AUGGAAUGGACAGCAGCUGGCGGGAACGGCGUGUGCUGUGAGCUCUUCGACCGCCACCCCGCCGUUUUCACCUACGUGCACAACUACUACCACACAGGCAAGCUGCACUGCCCUGCCGACGUCUGCGGUCUGCUCUUCAAGGAGGAGCUAGCCUUCCAGGGCAUCGACAAGACCAACGUGGAGCCCUGUUGCUGGAUGACCCACCGGCAGCACCGUGACACCGAGGAGGCGCUGGACAUCUUCGAGGCACCUGACCUCAUCACCAGUGAGCUGCCCCCCGAACCCGACGACAAGGAGCUGGCCACCAAGCACCUGGGCAUCAAGGACGUUGGCGCCAUCGGCACCUCCUCCGUCGCCAAUGGCUCCCCCCUCGACGGCAAGGGUGGCCGCUGGAAGAGGCUCCAGUCGCGAAUGUGGGCACUCUUCCAGGACCCUCACUCUUCCCGAGCCGCCAGGGACCCUGAUAAUCGGAUACCCCAAGACGCAGCUUACUUAGCUUGGGUGUAA